UUGUAGCGGUCAACGUGCAGAGAUGCCGAAAGUGAAAAAAUCCAAAGGAGGAGCAGGAGGAGAGAAGAGCGGAGGAGCGGUGGCGCUGGCUGACCAGAUCCUGCUGGCGGACACAGUGCGAGCCCGGGGCCGGGUGAAGAGCAGAGACAGCCGGGCAGAAAACGAAGACAAGUACGUAGACGAGCGUUUGUCGAGGAAGAUCUUACAACAGGCCCGGAUUCAACAAGAGGAGCUUCAGACCGAAUAUGGCCUGGCACCAGAGAAGAAGAAAACACCGGUCACUGUUCUCGGGUCUGACUCUAAGGAUGCAGACUCAGAUGAGGAGUGGCCAGCACUGGGAGAAGCAGGUGCUGGCGACAGCGAUGCUGAGUGCGACACUGAGGUCGUGGUUGACCCUGACGAUGAGAAGGCCAUUCAGAUGUUCAUGAAUAAGAACCCGCCAAUGAGACGGACCUUAGCUGAUAUUAUCAUGGAGAAGAUCACAGAGAAGCAGACUGAGGUAGGAACAAUGAUGUCAGAGGUGUCAGGACGUCCAAUGCCCCAACUGGACCCGAGGGUAGUAGAAGUGUACAGAGGUGUCAAUAAGGUUCUGUCAAAGUACCGCAGCGGUAAAUUGCCAAAGGCUUUUAAAAUAAUCCCAGCACUUGCAAACUGGGAGCAGGUCCUCUAUUUAACCGAGCCUGAGACCUGGACUGCAGCUGCCAUGUACCAAGCAACAAGAAUCUUCUCCUCCAAUCUGAAAGAGCGAAUGGCCCAGAGAUUUUAUAACUUGGUGUUGCUGCCCAGAGUACGGGAUGAUAUUGCAGAGUACAAGCGACUCAACUUUCAUCUCUACAGUGCCCUGAAGAAGGCUUUGUUCAAACCAGGAGCAUGGUUUAAAGGUAUGCUGAUUCCUCUGUGUGAAUCUGGGACGUGUACUCUCAGGGAAGCCAUCAUCAUUGGAAGCAUACUCACAAAGUGCUCAAUCCCUGUGCUCCACUCCAGUGCUGCGAUGCUUAAAUUGGCAGAGAUGGAGUAUAACGGCGCCAACAGCAUUUUCCUGCGUCUCUUGCUUGACAAGAAAUACGCCCUGCCUUUCCGUGUCCUAGAUGCCUUGGUGGCCCACUUCCUGUCCUUCCGCAAUGAAAAACGUGUGCUUCCUGUGCUGUGGCAUCAGAGUUUACUCACCCUGGCUCAGCGCUACAAGGCUGACCUGGGCUCCGAACAGAAGACAGCUCUGCUGGAGCUGCUAAAGAUACAAACACACCCUCAGAUCUCUGCAGAGAUUCGCCGAGAACUGCAAAACUCAGAGUCACGGGAUAUCGAAAUUGGGCUCCCUGUCUCACUGGAAAUGGACUGAGGAUUCAGUCUGGUCUGGUGCAUCCUCCUCCUCCUCCUCUGAUGCAAUGAUUCAUGUUUUCUUCAGCAUGAAGAUAGUUUUGUUAGAUCUGACUUCUUUAUUCCUCCUGUUCUUUGAAAGGACACUGUCAAAGAUGGGAGAGACUCAUCACAGAGCUAUAAUUAAAACUACAAUUCAGUUCCCCCGCUUGGAUGAGUUUGCUCAUUGAUUAUUAAAAACAAACUGAAUCCUUCAAAAA